AACAGCGUAAGACAAAUCUGUUUACUAAUAAUACAUCACCGAGUGGCACAUUUGGAUCACAUUUUUCGAAUUGAAAAAUAAUAUUUUGUGAUGGCGUUGACCCGUGUAAUAUUAGCUGUGCUUGGAUUCUGUUCCAGGAUAGUUGAAUCUCUACUUUUCGUCAUGAUUGACUGGUAUGACAAGUAUGUGUACUCACCUUUACAGACACUAUUGCUACCUAUUGUAUCCCGUAUACCACGGUUCCUAAGUAUAAGAGGGCUAGAAUAUACCAUAUUUUCAGCAAAUAUUGUUUCAUGGACCAGGACUGCUCUAGUUAUUCCUAUAGCAUGCUGUCUUAAAAACCAGUAUUACUGGACGGCAUUUUUCCUUGUGGUAUUUCACGAUUUUCUUGACCAUCUUGACGGCAUCGUUGCAAAAGCUCAAAAACAAAUAUAUGGCUCUGUAGACGAUCCUCUGCUUGGCGGAUUCAUGGAUGCUUUCUGUGACAAGCUAGUGAAUGUUUUUGCCCUAUGGUCAAUCCUAUUGACCACCGAUUUUACCCAGAUGACCUGGAAACAGACGAACAUUUACAUCACAUCUUGUUCCGUUAUUAUAGGAUUUGAAUUUGUUCUCGGUGUUGUCAGAGUACAAGACUACUUCCGCUCCUACUAUCUCAGGCUGCUCAGAAAAAACGACGCUUUAAUAAGUAAAGCGGACACAGCUGCUGUCAUGGAAGGAAAAUUAAAAGAAAAAUUAGAAUCAAUGGGCAUUGCAUUCCUAUGUUUGGCUGAAGCUUCUCCUAUACCUAUUACUUCAUGGUCUGGAAUAACUGGAAUCGCAUGCCUGAUCAUGUCUGUAAGAUUGGCAUACGCCAGUUUGCAACAUAAGUUGAAAGCACGUGAACAAAGAAGACGAGAUGAAGUAGACUUUGAUGAAAUUCCAGAAACCAAAGAAGACGGCGAAAAGGCAACCUACACAGAAAAGAUACCAAAGAAAUUAAGAAAAUGCUACAGUGAAUCAAAUGCAUCUAAAUUCUUGGCUGAAAGUAUUGAAAAAUCAAACAGCACAUUGUCAGAAGAAAAUGAUUCAACUGAUGAUUCCAUAUUUGAUGAAGGUGAAGAUACUGUCCGGCCACUACGACAGAGACAUAAUUCUGUUCCAGUAAAUGCUUUUGAUACACGUGUUGAUAAAGUGUAUACUGUUGGUUGUUUUGAUUUGUUUCACAAUGGUCAUAUCACUCUGCUGCAACGUAUGAAAGCCCUUGGGAAACAGGUUAUAGUAGGGGUCCAUGACAGUAGAAGUAUCUUCAAACUAAAGAAGAGAGUACCUAUAGACAGCACAGAGAAACGAAUGCUAAAUGUCAAGAAAUACGCAGACAUGGUAUAUUGUGUAGCAGGUACUGACCCUACAAACUAUAUACACUGCAUAUUAACGGAAGAUGUCACAGAACGACAUAUGUACGUACGUGGUGAUGAUAUGCAAGAUUUUCCAGCAAGAAAUCUGUGUGAAGCCCGGAUGACAGUGAAAUUUCUACCAUAUACUAAAGGUGUGUCAUCAACGAAACGAAGAAAGAGUGAAUUCACGUCAUGUAAUUAUGGAACACAUGCAAAGGAUGACGUGCAAGCAAUAUUUUAUUGAGUACAGAAUAAGACUAUUCAUUGUCAUUUGUUUUUUUAUACAUGUUGUGAGACUGAACAUUUAUCUAGAACAAUUAAUUUAGAACAUGUUACAAAAUGUAAUAAUCAUUCAGAUGUAUUGUUACUUGCGUUACUUUAAAAUUUAAUGUAUCGUUAUAUUAUAUUCAAUACAUGCCAAUAAGUGAUAAUAGACUUUUGAUUUAAAUUUUGGUUACAGAU